GCUGCGAGGAAGAUCAGAUGGAGGAGUCUCAGUUCUACCAAUGGCUUCAUCUGUUGGGUCUCCUGGCUCUAUCAUAUCUGGUCCUGAAACAGGUGUGGACCCUGCUGAUCGGGAUCAAAAACCAUAUACUCUCCCGGUGGUGGAAGACUAACCUCAAGAAGAAGUAUGGAGGAUGGGCAGUGGUAACUGGAGCGACAGAUGGAAUCGGGAAGGCUUACGCAAAGGAGUUGGCCAGGAGAGGCUUCGAUGUCGUUCUCAUCAGUAGGAAUGCAGAGAAGUUACAAAAAGUUGCUCAGGAGAUAGAAAAAGAAAGCCGACAAAAAACUAAGAUAAUUCCAGUUGACUUCACGGGAGGGCCUGAGAUUUAUCCAAAGGUGGAGAAGGCUUUGAAGGACCUGGAUAUCGGAAUUUUAGUAAACAAUGUUGGGAUGAAUUACCACCCUAAAUUAUGCAGAUUUCUUGAGGUCCCUGAUAUUAACAAGAGGAUAAGCGACAUCAUGAACUGCAAUGUACUAUCCAUGGUGCAUAUGACCCGCAUUGUGUUACCCAGAAUGGUGCUGAGGAAAAAGGGUCUGAUCAUAAACCUCUCCUCCUCUGUCGGGGCCCGUCCUUACCCAGUAAUAACGAUGUAUUGCGCUACUAAGGUUUUCAUGGACUUUUUCUCCCGCUCCCUCUACUACGAGUACAGAUCUGAUGGGAUUACAGUUCAGUCUGUUCUGCCACAUUUUGUGUCCACCAACAUGACCCGCAAUAUAAGCUCCAACAUUCUAGUGAAGACCAGUGAUGACUACGUCCGGGAAGCUCUGAACACCGUAGGGUACUCCCAUCGUACAAAUGGCUGCCUCUCCCACUGCUUCCAGAGCUACAUCCUUGACCACCUGCUAACCGAGACCUUCAUGAAUUCCCGAAUCUGUAUUUUCAUUGCCGGGUGUGCCAUGAGUCUGAUAAUAAAGAUACUGAAAAUAAACUAGACCCAGCAAUA